GUUAUUUUCCGGUGUCACAUGAAUUUGUGUCCCCAAAAUGGCGAACCUAGCUGCUGCUGCUGCGGCUGCUGCUGCUGCCGCUGCUAUCGCUGCUAAUAGAGACCCAGCAGUGGACCGUUCGUUACGAUCAGUAUUUGUGGGGAACAUUCCUUAUGAAGCUACAGAGGAACAACUGAAAGACAUCUUUUCUGAAGUGGGACUUGUUGUCAGCUUCAGGUUGGUAUAUGACAGGGAGACCGGAAAGCCAAAGGGAUAUGGCUUCUGUGAAUAUCAAGACCAGGAGACGGCCCUUAGUGCCAUGCGUAACCUGAACGGGAGGGAGUUCAGUGGUCGGGCUCUCCGUGUUGACAACGCAGCUAGUGAGAAAAACAAGGAAGAGCUGAAAAUUAUUGCAGGUUUGGGAACCGGAGCCCCCAUUAUUGAGUCUCCUUACGGAGAUACCAUCCAGCCACAGGAGGCCCCGGAGUCCAUCAGCAGAGCUGUGGCCAGUCUCCCCCCCGAACAGAUGUUUGAACUUAUGAAACAGAUGAAGCUGUGUGUGCAGAACAGUCCUCAGGAGGCGAGGAACAUGCUGCUGCAGAACCCUCAGCUGGCAUAUGCUCUCCUCCAGGCCCAAGUGGUGAUGAGGAUUGUUGACCCUGAGAUAGCCUUGAAAAUGCUCCACCGUCAAACACCAGCCCAGCCGCUCAUUCCCGGUGGGCAAGGUGGAGGAGCGCCGCCGGUCAACCCGCCUUCUGUUCCACCCAACAUGCCAGUGCCUCAGCAGCAGCCUGUGCCUGGAAUGCAUGUCAACGGAGCUCCUCAGAUGAUGCAGCCCCCCAACAUGGGUGUAGUUCCUGGACCCAUGCCUGUACCAGGGCCGGGACCAGGACCAGUUCAAGGACCGGGACCAGUCGGACCUCCAGGACCAGGCGGUAUCCCCCCCAGAGGGCUGCUGGGAGAUGGUCCCAACGACCCCAGAGGAGGGACUCUGCUGUCCGUCACUGGAGAGGUCAUUGACCCCGGCCGGCCUUACAUGGCUGCUCCCCCGUCCCACCAAGCCCCACCUGUACACAUGCCUCCAAUGGCAGGAGGACCCCCUCCAGAUAUGAGAGGCCCUCCAAUGGACAUGAGAGGCCCACCCAUGGGUGAACCACGAAACAUGAUGGGAGACCCCAGAGGCCCCCCGAUGAUGGAGCAACGCGGACCCCCGAUGGAAACCAGAGGCCGUGACCCGAGGGCGAUGGACACUCGAGGUCCGGUGGCAGCUCAGAGGGUUCCCAUGGCGGCAGGAAUGCCCGGCUCCGUUCCUCAUAGCAUGGCUCCGAACGCACCUCCACCUGCACGACCGGGUCCUGGAAUCUCUGGUCCUCCGUCGGGAGGAGGCUUCAGUCCGGGGCAGAGCCAGGUCUCCACACAGGACCAGGAGAAGGCUGCCCUGAUCAUGCAGGUCCUGCAGCUGACCCCAGAACAGAUCGCCAUGUUGCCCCCAGAGCAGCGGCAGAGCAUCCUGAUCCUCAAAGAGCAGAUUCAGAAGACUGCAGGGGGGGGGCCUUAACAGUCUCAUGGAGAAAAAUACAAAAGGGUUCAGGAUUCCCAAUCUGCUCUACCCCGCUGACCCUGAAGACAUCUCAUCUUAGUUUGGAGUAUUGUAUAGUUUUUUUAAAAUCAUAUUGUCGGUUUUCUGUGUGGAGAUUCCGGUUAGGAUGCUGAACAGAUGGACAGAGGAGUGUCAUGCAUUUUCAUCCCAAAGCCAGCGGUUAUCGGCUCUGGAAACUGUUUGUCUGGAUAAUCUUUUGACAAUAAAACCAACAAAAAAUA